AUGGCUGUAUCCUCUUGGACAUCCUUUGUUUUGGCUAUUCUUAUAGCAUUUUCAGCCGAGAAGCUCUACAGCCACUUGACGCGUAAGCCUUUCAAACCUACCAAGAAACACUGCUUUAUUACAGGCGGCAGUACCGGCCUCGGCAAAGCCCUGGCGAUUGCAUUGGUGAAGCGUGGAGCUCAUGUAACCAUCGUUGCUCGGCGUCAAUCAGAAUUGGACAAGGCUGCUGCUGAAAUUAAGUCUAGCUGUGUGAAUGGCGAUCAGCGUGUUGUUGCCAUUAGCGCCGACGUUACUUCCAAGGACGACGUUGUACGUGCGUUUGACGAAGCCAAGGUGCGAGUAGGAUGUGAUCCCGAGUAUGUCUUUUUAUGUGCAGGUGCCGCUUGUCCCAAGCUUUUCGUUGACCACACGAUGGAUGAUUUCGAGUAUGCCAAUAAGCUCAACUAUCUCGGUCAAGUGUAUGGAGCUCAUCAAGCAACACUACGCAUGCGGGAUGCUGGUGUCAGGAACGGCAAAAUUGUCUUUGUUUCAUCCAUGGCUGGAUUGAUCAGCUUUGCAGGCUAUUCAACUUAUUCACCCACCAAGUUUGCUUUACGUGGUUUGGCUGACAGUCUCCGUAACGAGCUCAAAAUGUACGGCAUUGAUGUGCAUAUCUUUUUGCCUGGUAACAUUGAUUCCCCUGGUUUCGUCAAUGAAAACAAGACCAAACCAGAGGUCACCAAGAUCAUUGAAGGUCCCUCGGCAGCUAUGGCACCCGCUGAUUGUGCAAAGGCUCUCAUUCAAGGCCUCGAGGCUGGCAACUACAUGAUCACCACCGAAUUUAUUGCAGAAGUUUUGCGUUCAGCAACCAGAGGUGUUAAUCCUUCAAACAAUUUCAUUUUGGAUACGUUGAUGGCUAUCAUAGCACAGCCCAUAGGAUCGAUCUAUGCUUUGUAUAUGGAUUACGUUGUUAAACAAUCGAGAUAA